UCAAAUAUGGGACGCAAAGUCAAGAGGACGAUAGCAAAGAAGACGGAUCUUAGAGCUAAACGGACGUCAACGAAGAAAAAAAAGAAAAAACUAAGUAAAGCCAGUAGUGCUGAUUUGUUGGAGAUGGCAGAGGAAUGUAUGGCGAUGAUGCAGCCUGAUGUAGCGGCGACCUACUGUCGACAAGCUUUAGAACUAGAACCGGACAGAGUGGAGACGCUCGAGAUGUUGGCAGUUGUGUUGCUGGAGUGUGCACGUGGUGAUGCACGUGGAGAUGCACGUGUUAGCGAUGAAUCGAUUGUGUUAUUACGACGAGCUAUUGAGUUGCAGCCUGAUGACGGCUAUUCCAAGUACAUGUAUCUUGGACAAAUGCUGGAGGGUAGUGAUGCUCUGCAGUGCUAUUUGAAGGGAAUAGCGAUUAUGGAGAGAGAACACGAGGCUGAGAGAAGUGUGAGAAGUGAUAAUGGAACGAGGAGUUGUGAUACAGAUGAGUCUCAGUUGAGUUUGGAUUUGUCUAAUGCCUGUUGCUCUGCUGCUGAAUUGUAUGUGACUGAUUUGUGUCAUGAGGUGGAAGCUGAAGGACAAUGUGAAACGUUUUGUUUAAAAGCAUUGGAAUAUGCACCAGAAAACCCACAAGCUUUACAAGUCUCUUCUUCAUUUCUUUUGAGUGCGAACCGAAUCAAUGAAGCAAGAGAUAGGAUAAAGCGUAGUGUAGCAAUAUGGUUGACUGUUCCAGACGAUUCUGAUCAAGAGGUGUCAUUUGAUAUUAACUCACUUGAGAGGUUUCCGCCAUAUUUUGUACGUAUGAAUUGUGUGAAGAUAUUGAUUGAAGUUGGCGAAUAUGACUUGGCAUAUCAUGUUAUUAGUACUCUGUUAGCAGAAGAUGAUGAGGUUGUGGCUGUUUGGUAUCUUGCUGGGUGGAUGUAUCACUUGCAAGGUGAAGGAUAUUCUGAUGAAGCUGCCAGACAUUUACUACAUGCAAAACAGUUAGCAUCAAAGGUUGUCUGUGAUGAUACAGAUAUGCUGAAACAUGUUGACGAGUUGUUAGCAUCUUUGGAAAAUGUUGAAUUAAAAUUAGGUGAUGACGACGAUGACAAUGACGAUGAUGAUGAUUAUGAUGAGUGUGAUGGUGAUGAGUGUGAUGAGAAUAUUGGGAAUCAAGACGAGAGAGAUAAGCAGAUGAAUGUUUAGGUUUGGUUGCAGUAGAUGGUAGUUGACAGUUUUUGUGAUGCAAAACUUAAUUAAUUACCUAGUAUUGUCAACAGUUUUACAUCUCCAGGUUGAGUCACUACUGUACUGUUUGUUGUUUUAAUUGUCAAAUCAUCUAAGAAUGUGAAUAUUCUGAGUAUUCAAUUAUAUUCA